CCACAAAACAUUACUACUACUACAUUACAAACAAGAUAAAGUAAAAGAAGAUAAAGCCCUCCACCAUCCCACCACAAAAUCGCAUGCCACAACAACAAUGGGUUGCACUUCAUCCAAGCGAAUCGACGUCGCCGUCGACGCCUACCGCCCUCCCCCGUCUUCCUUCGCCGUCUUCGACGUGAACUCCAUCCAGGAGCCCUGGCUCAAGCCCUCUUCCGAUAACCCCGACGAGCCCUCCCUCGACGAGAAGCCCCCGCUGCCGCCCUCCCCGCCCCCACUCCUCGACAAGCUCAACGGCGCCAUCGACGGCGCCGCCCCCCGUUCCUGGGACGAAGUCAGCAAAGCACUCGAGGAUCUCAAGCCGAAGCUCAACGCCGCCCCACCCCCGCCCCCAAUCGAAGAACAACCGGCCCUGAUUCGCAAGAACUUCUCCUUCCACACUUUAGAAGAGCUGGAGAAGAAGAAGAAAGCUUCGUCAAUUGAUAAUCAGCUAGUUUCUGGACCUGGACCUGGACCUGUAGUGGCGGUAGCGAGAUCACUGAAGGACAACAUAUUCAUACAGAAGGACAGGGAGGAGAGGGAGAAGGAAGGGAGAGGGGCGGGGUUCGUGAAGCGGGACCCGCUGGGGGAUUUCGCGGAGAUAUGCCCGCCGGGAGGGGAGGAGGCGGUGGUGGUGUACACGACGUCGCUGGGAGGGGUGCGGCGGACGUACGAGGACUGCAACCGCGUGAGGCAGCUCAUGGAGACGUACCAGGUGGUGUUCGACGAGCGGGACGUGGCGCUGGACGGGGGCUUCCGUGGGGAGCUGAGGGGCCUGCUCGGGGAGGAGGGGGCGGCCGUGCCGAGGGUGUUUGUGAAGGGGAGGUAUAUCGGGGGGGCAGAGGAGGUGGUGGGGCUGAACGAGACGGGGCGGCUUAGCCGGAUAUUGAAUUGGGCGAGGGUGGAGAGGGGGGCGGGGAGGCUGGGGUGUAGGGGGUGUGGUGGGGCCAGGUUUGUGCCCUGCUUGGGGUGUGGGGGGAGUUGUAAGGUGGUUGUGGGGGCUGAUAGAGAGAGGUGUGGAGAGUGUAAUGAAAAUGGUUUGGUUCAUUGCCCCAUUUGUGUUUGAUUUUACAUCUUGUUUUUUCCUUUGCUUUCGCCUAUCUAUUGUAUUGUGGAGUAUUGUAUUUUGUACACAUACCAAUGUUUUUUACUUUUCUCCAUACUAAAUACGGAGUAGUAAAUUGAGUUUCUAUAA